AAAAGUUUCCCUAAGAUGUCCUAUGCGCAAACGAUGUGCGCACAUCUGGAGGAGGACUUUCAGGGAAAAUUCAUCUCUCUGUGGACGACGUCCACACAAACUGCGGGCAGUCUUAGAGAAAACAACGAACGCCAAACUGUGAAGCUUCUGUCCACACAGCAGCUACAGCAUCUACCUUAUGCUUUUAGCGCAUCGUCGUUUGCAGUCUCCAGAAUGCUGCCGCAUCUGCUCAGCCUGGCCUGCUGUCUCUUCUGCUUCCACUCUGUCAGCGCAAAUGUCCUAAAAGCUGAGGCGUGGUUGCAGCAGUAUGGCUACCUGCCUCCCGGUGAUGUCAGAGCCCAGGCCAUCCGCUCACCCAAGUCUAUUGUAACAGCAAUCUCAGCCAUGCAGAGGUUUUACGGACUGACUGUCACUGGAACCAUAGAUACCAACACAUUAGAAGCAAUGAGUCGGCCGCGGUGUGGCGUCCCUGACAAGUUCGGUCCAGAAUUGAAAACCAACCUGAGGAGGAAGAGAUAUGCGAGGCAAGGUCAGAAGUGGCACAAGUCUGAGGUCACCUUCAGCAUACAGAACUACACCCCCAAAGUAGGCGAGAAAGCCACGUAUGAGGCCAUCCGAAAGGCUUUCAGAGUGUGGGAGAACGCCAUCCAGCUGACCUUCAGAGAGAUCCCCUUCAGCCAGAUUAGAGGCAAAGUCGACAAGUAUGCAGACAUCAUGCUGUCCUUCGCUGAAGGUUUUCACGAUGACAGCACCCCGUUCGACGGAGAGGGCGGCUUUCUGGCACACGCUUACUUCCCCGGGAAUGGCAUCGGGGGAGACACGCACUUUGACCUCGCCGAACCAUGGACCACCGGGACCGUGGAUCAGGGAGGAAACGAUGUUUUUCUGGUGGCGGUCCAUGAGCUGGGUCAUGCUUUGGGUCUGGAGCACUCAGACAACCCUUCGGCUAUCAUGGCCCCCUUCUAUCAGUGGUUUGAAACAGAACAUUUCCAGCUGCCGGAGGAUGACCUCUUAGGGAUUCAGGCUAUUUAUGGUGCCAAAUCUGGAGUUCCCCCUCCUCCCCCUCGUCCCACAAGGCCAUUCAAGCCUGAAAAACCCGAUGAAGGCCCCGACAUAUGUGAGGGACACUUUGACACAAUUGCCAUCCUUAGAGGGGAAAAGUUUGUAUUUAAGGACAAGUGGUUUUGGCGCCUGCGUAACAACAAGGUCUUGCCCAGUUAUCCCAGACCCGUAGCUCAGUUUUGGAAAGGCCUUCCUUCAAACAUCAACGCAGCCUAUGAGAGGAAGGAUGGGAAGUUUGUCUUCUUUAAGGGUGACAGAUACUGGGUUUACAGCGAGGCCACCUUAGACAAGGGUUAUCCAAAGAGCCUGAAAGACCUGGGCGCUGGUUUACCCAAAGACAAGAUUGAUGCUGCUCUCUUUUACUCACCAACUGGACAGACAUUCUUCUUCAAAGGAACUCAAUACUACCGUUUCAACGAGCAGACUCUCAGGGUGCACAACGACUAUCCAAAGCCCAUCAGCAAGUGGAGUGGAGCCCCAGAUAAUAUUAAGGCUGCAUUCAUGAGUGAAGAUCAAUCUUACACUUACUUCUACAAGGCCAAUAAGUACUGGAAGUUCAACAACCAGCACAUGAAGGUGGAGUCUGGUUACCCCAAGUCGGUGCUGCGUGAUUGGAUGGGCUGCGACAGCGAAGAGCCCAAGAAGGGUCGGACGGUGAUCAUCAUCGAGGAAACAGAGGGAGGCUCCUGGGUGGCGGGUGUGGUGAUUCCUCUCCUCCUGCUGGUGCUGGUGCUGCUCACGCUGGGAGCGCUUUUGUUCUUCAGGAAGUACGGCACGCCCCGGCGCCUCCUCUACUGUCAGAGAUCGCUGCUGGACAAGGUGUAAACGGACCAACGGGUGACUGGCAGACAGACUGCACAAAGAGGGACAGAGUGAAAGAGGGAGAGGAGUCUGAAAGACCUGGGAGCGCAGCGAAGACUGAAACUCGACGGGGAGAAAAGACGAACGAUGCAACUGUGGGAAAGAAUGACUGACUGGGGGAUUAAAGGGGGACAACAUGUUGGGAGGUUUGAAAGCGCCACACAAAAAAGCCCAUGAAACUGAAAUCAGGAAAAGUAUAUAUGUAUUUUAACUAUUUACAUGUUCUGUUUGUGUUGAGAAAUUCAGACCUAUAUGAUCAAAGAUCUGUUCCUCAUUGACAAUUUCCUACAAAACCCCCCCUACCCUUCAUUUUUAUCUCGACGACUCCAGCUGAACUGCCUUCUGAUUCAUUUCGCAUUCAAAGUACUUGCUUCUGUUAUGCAGAGGUUAGGCAACUUAAAAAAUUUUUUUUGCAAGGAAAUGUUUUACCUAGACACUGUCGCUUUAAUUUAAUAUUAUAAGGCUUAAAAUGAGACCCCUAAUAUUAAAUCCACAGAAAAAUUACUUUAGUUAGCAUUCUUCAUCCAAUCAGUUGCAGAAACACAGUUGAAACCAGAUGUUUACAUAUACUAUAAAAAGGUUUGCAGACAUUUUGACAAAACUGCAGUAAAUAAGUCAGGUGGAUCACCGACACAUGUUCUAAGGGACUGAGAUCAGGGUGUCACACAAUCUCAAAAGGGUCAGAUACUGAAUCAGAAGAUGUCAUUAUAUACCAAUGUGUCCAGGCCUAAUUCACAUAAUAACUUUCGGUUUUAAUAAACAACAAUGAUUAGGGUCAUUGUCCAUUUGAUAGACCCAUUGGUGCCCAAGUUUUAACUUCCAGACCACAAGAUGAAGAUCUGUAAUUUGACUUUUGGAGUCAUGGCUUCUUCAUGACUGCACAGCCUUUCAGCUCAGGCCAAGAUCUCUCUUUCACAUUUCUAUCAUUUAGCAAAUGGAAAUAAUUUUGGUAAUCCUGUCUGGCCUAAAAUAGGAAAAUAUUAGUGUGAUUUAAUGUCAGAUAGUGAGAAAUAAAAAGACAGUUUUGCAUGUUUUUAUACACUAUAUGUAAAUACCUGGUUUCAACUGUAGGUAUUUGGUCCAGGUUUUAAGGGUUGGUUCUCCAACAAUUAUUGUUUUAGAGGUUGUUCCUAUGUUUUGACAAGAAGCUGAGUAAUAAAAUCUGUCCAAAAAAGGUACUAAAUGAGUUUUUGUUUCAGUAUCGGUACCGAGGCAUUUGUUUUAUAACUGUUCUCUUUUUUCUGGUAAUAAAAUGCCCAUUUAUUAUUAUCGUCAUAAUGAUAAGUAAAUAUUUAUAAAAAAUAGAUGAAUUUGAUGGAGUUAUGUGUAACAUAUUAUCUUUUAUGGACAUUAAUAUUACCUUAUGCAGACUUGAAUUUUUUUAAUCAGACUUUAUAUGAGAUGCUGGAGAUAAUUAAUCCCACAAAUGAAUCCAGAGGACAAAAUAAAAAUAAACUUUUACUGGUUCAGGAAUCCUUCUUUAUGUCUUUCAAAAUGUGCUUCAAACUUCAGGCAUUAAAAUGUGCACAAUAAAAACGAGUCAGUGCAAGCAGUCAGAUGGAAAAAUGAUUUUUAAAUGUGAUGCUUUAACUUGAAAUUUCCGCUCUUUAUUGUUAAACACGUGCAGAGCUAAUAAUGGUUUCCACAAUAUGGUGCAAUUUUCUAUUUUAAAUUGUUAUUAUAAGUAUGAUUAUUGUUAUUAUUGUUGUUUUGGAAAAGUUCUGAGUCACUUUUUGAUUUUUGUUUUGGUUUUGUGUUGUCAUUAGGAGUCCUGCUGGACAGAGGCAAUUAACAUGACAAUGAUGGAAAUGAAGCCCCGCUUCCAUUCAGAUCAGAUGAUGUGAGGUCAGGGACUUUUCUGUAACAGUGAAACACCUGAAGAUUACUCAGAUGUUGGCACAGAAGAUCAAACAUCCUGUUUAUGAACUUCAGCUCAGAUGGCGCUCUUUUUGUUGUUGUUUUACAUCAAUUAGAAUUGAAGGUGAUCAAUGACAAUGAUAAUGGUAAUGAUAUUUAUAGUGAUGAUCAUAUAAAUAAAAAGAAAUGAGAUUUUUCA